GGCGACUCAUUGUCGAGACAUGUGGAAAAACGAACCGUGAGGAGGCGGUUUUUUUUUUCUUUCUCUCCGGCUACAUUCUAAUUGUUUCGAGGGAAAAUCGGCACAAUCGUCUUUUGUGCAAAAAGGGACUCGAUUUGGCGUGCGUUGGGUUCCGAGUGGCCUCUCGGCGUUCCCCGUGGCUCUUCGGUUCAUUUCGGCUCUCGUCGUGUCUUUCGCCGGAGGGAGGAAUGGACGAAGCGGAAUCGGCGACGAAGGCGCUCGGACUUGACGAACCCCGCAGGCGGGCAGGCUCGGAUACCGAGUCGGAGGCCGAAGUCUCUACGAUGGCCGUGAUGGCGGCGCCCGGAAACAUCGAUAUGGGAGCCGAAGCGAUGCCGAACCCCGACGACGCCGAGUCGGCGGCUUUCGCAGAGGUGUCCACGGUGGCGGUGGAGGACGUUCAGGCUGCAGACGACGGCGUCUUCGCCACCCCGGUGGAUGCGGUGGAAAACGUUCAGGCUGCAGACGACGGCGUCUUCGCCACCCCGGUGGAGGCGGCGGAAAGCCUUCAGGCUGCAGACGACGGCGUCUUCGCCACCCCGGUGGAGGCGGCGGAAAGCCUUCAGGCUGCAGACGACGGCGUCUUCGCCACCCCGGUGGAGGCGGUGGAAAACGUUCAGGCUGCAGACGACGGCGUCUUCGCCACCCCGGUGGAGGCGGUGGAGAACCUUCCAGAACACGUCUUGAGCGGAAGGAGCCCCCUGCAGCUGGCCGAGGCUCUGAGCGGCCAGAAGACCACGCUUAUCGUGGUCCACACCGACUCUGGCGUCGCGCAGCAGGACGGACUCAAGACCGUCGGCGCCGUCUCCACUGGUCUGGUGACUCGGCCCACCCCGCCGACUCCUCUUCGGGACAAAGAGCCCGCCUCCAAGUACAACUGGGAUCCGUCGGCGUACAACAACGAGCUGCCGGUGCGGUGCCGCAACAGCAGCGGCGUCCUCUACAAGAACCGCCUGGGCUCGGGCGGCAAAGGUCGCUGCAUUAAACACGAUCAGCGCUGGCUGACGCCCACCGAUUUUGAGGCUCUGGCCGGUCGCGCCAGCAGCAAAGACUGGAAGAGGAGCAUCCGCUACGGAGGGAGGCCUCUGCUCUGCCUCAUACAGGACCGCAUCCUGAACCCUCACGCCGCCUCGUGUACGUGCGCGGCCUGCUGCGACGACAUGGUCUCGAAUGGAGACUCCCUGGAAGCCGAAACCAUCACAAUGAACGGUCCGGUGCGCCUCUUCGUCCCGUACAAGAGAAGGCGGAGGGACACGGAUCCGCCGCCCGCCGUCAAAAAGGAAGUCCCCGCCGCCGCCGCCGCCGGCAAAAGCAUCACGCUGAGCCCGGGAAGCACGUUCACCGUGUCGCCCAUGGGUCAGAUCACCCCUUCGGGCACGCUGACUUUUGAGCGCUCGCCCGGCAGCGACACGACCGCCGCCGCCGCCAUCAUCUCGGACGCGUCGGCGCAGAGCGAAGUUUACGCCGACACGGCAGUGCUGACGGCCUUGCCGGCGUUGGCGCUGUCCCCCCAGGCCAAGAUGGCGGUGGCGUCCCCCUCGGCCUCCCUGGUGGGCACCCUGGAGGUGGGGCCGCCUCUCUUGAGCCCCAAGAACGCCUGCUGGCACAGCCUGGAGGAGAUGGCCAACACCCUCAUGAGCAAUGUGCAGCAGCUCAAAGCCUUGAUAGAGCAGGCCAAGAGGGACAGUAAAGGAGGGCACAAGGAGUGUGUCGUCGGUCCGUCCUUCCAGAACCGGAUAAUCUUCCAGACGCCGGACGAAUCGCAAGGCAAACGGAGCAGCGACAUCCCAGAAGUCCUCAUCAAUAUGUGCGAGAACUGCGGUCGCGCGGCCCUGAGCGAGUGCACGGGCUGCCGCAAAGUCAACUACUGCUCCGCCUUCUGCCAGAGGAAGGACUGGCGAGAUCAUCAGAACAUCUGCUGCCAAUCGGGAGGGGGCGGGGCCAUCCCGGAGGAGGAGCCAAUGGCGACCCUUGGCAUGGACAAAGUGAAGUGAGAAAAAGCAGGCAAGAUGUUGAAUGAAGGGAAGGAAGGCUGUUCAUUUUUCCUCUAUUCCUCCGUGAGCUCUUGGUUUGGAAGGCUAAGCACGCGUGUUGCUUUCUUCACCGACGUACGUAGGGCUUUGUAGGUCCAUAUUUGCUUUCCGUUUGGCCAAAGGAUUCGCUUUGAAGCUGACCCAAAGCUAAUUCAUCUAGAAAUGGAUUGAUUGAAACCACUUGAAUGAAUUGGUUAUCAAUCAUUCAACCUGUUUCAUAUUCAUUUGAUUGUUUUAUAAUGUAUGCAUAAAAAUAGGAUGUCAUGAAAUGAA